AUGUCCGAAGAUUCCUCUAUUCAUAGCAAUCACGAGACUCCCCACAUUCGAAUCAACUCUGGCCGACAUGAUCCCUUCAGUGACGCAGAAGAUCGUUACUCGUCAGUACCAAGCCAUCAAAUUGGACGAGCUUUAACACCAGGCGUGGCCCUUUCGCCAUCCGCUGGCACACUUCAUACAGUAUACGAGUCAUCAAAUUUACAAGAUUCAUCCGAGUUCCUUCUACCACCACGCCCUCAUCGCUUCAAGGAAGAAUACGAACCAUACCGCUCUCCAGCCCCAUCGAUAUUGUCCUCGAGAAGAAACAGCUGGAGUUCAGAAACAGGAAGCUAUGAGACGAGGAUCCAUCCUUACAAUCCGUUUGAAGACCCACGCGCCCCGUCACAAGCGGACAGUGACGAGAUUGAUGUCAACACACAGACCGUCGCCGAAAAAUAUAAUAUCAUGCCUACGGACGGCUUACUGCUCUUUCCCGAGGAUGUGGAAAAGGACGAUCACCUGCAUAAUCCAGAUCCAAGUGACCGAGAAGGACAGUGCGACCUAUGGAAUCGCCGGGGUAUAAUCAACGUGGCAGGCCUGAUAUUGCUGACCUUAGGCUUUCUUAUCCUCUUUAUUGGAUAUCCAAUGAUAACGGCUAUGAAAGGCACUGUAAAAUCCGGGCCAACGUGUGAUCCGAGAGACACGCUUUGCCUCGAUGUGGGAGACCGCCCAUUGCUUUCGAACAUUCGACGGGGCUUGAUAGACCCGGAUACCCCUAAAUCCGCGAGGAGUAAGAAAUCUGCAGAUGGGAAGGAAUGGAAACUGGUAUUCUCGGACGAGUUCAAUACUGAUGGACGCACUUUCUAUGACGGGGAUGAUCCAUUUUACCAGGCUGUUGAUAUCUGGUAUGGAGUGACGCAGGACUUGGAGUGGUACGACCCAGACGCAGUAACGACGAGGGACGGAGUCCUAGAAAUUCGCUUUGACUCCUUCCCCAACCAUGAACUAAAAUACAGAUCAGGAAUGGUACAGAGUUGGAAUAAACUAUGCUUUACAGGCGGUCGCUUGGAAGCGAGUAUUUCCCUGCCAGGAUCUGGAGACGUAUCUGGUUUCUGGCCCGGAUUUUGGGCGAUGGGAAACCUUGCGCGGCCUGGGUACGCUGCGACCACAGAAGGGAUGUGGCCAUACAGCUAUCAUGACAAGUGUGAUGCUGGCAUCACACCAAACCAGAGCUCCACCGAUGGUAUAAGCUAUCUUCCUGGAAUGCGCCUACCAGCCUGCACGUGCGCAGGCGAAGAGCACCCAAGUCCCGGUCGAUCAAGGAGUGCUCCGGAAAUCGAUGUCAUCGAAGCAAGCGUAAUUCCUUUGAACGAUAAUGGAAAUGCUGUUAUCGGGUCAGUAUCACAGAGCUUGCAAAUGGCGCCGUUCGACAUUUGGUAUAUGCCUGACUAUGAAUUUACUGCUGUUUAUGAUCCCUAUGUUACCCAGAUCAAUAGUUACCGAGGCGGUCCGUAUCAGCAAGCCAUGUCUGGUCUCUCAAACCUCAACAACAAGUGGUAUAAUGGCACCGAAUACCAGGUUUAUGCAUUUGAAUAUACGCCUGGUGCUCAUGGAGAAGUGACCUGGUUUGUCGGACCAGAGAGAACCUGGACACUGGAUGGUAGAGCAAUCGGCCCGAAUGGCAACAUUGGCCAGCGCGUGAUUCCUUUGGAGCCCAUGUCGAUCAUUAUGAACUUGGGUAUGGCCUACAGCUUUGCCGGAAUCAAUGAUACCAUCCAGAACUAUAUGCCCGGCAUUAUGCGUUUCGAUUACAUUCGGAUAUACCAGGACCCUGACAAUAUCAGUGUCACCUGCGACCCUCCUGGCUAUGAAACCACUGAAUACAUUGCAAAGCACCCAAAAGCCUACCAGAACAUCAACAAGACGACAUGGACCGACGCUGGAUACGAGUGGCCAAGCAAUUCUUUCAUGCAUGGAUGCUCCUAA